AUGUCGUAUGCGAGCACAGCCGCAACAAGCGUCAGCAUUUCUGGAGAUAUCUCGAGCCAGCUCCAUGGCGGCUAUGCUCACCCAUUAGCUCGAUCAUGGCAAUCCGAGAGGCAGCUUACGAAGGCGAUGCUAAUUUACCCUCUGUUCAUCUCUGACCAAGAUGACGAGGAGGUCCUCAUUCCAUCUUUACCCAACCAGUACCGCCGCGGCAUCAACAAGCUUGUACCUUUCCUCGAGCCUUUGGUGCACAAGGGUCUCCGCUCCGUCAUUCUGUUCGGCGUGCCUCUGAAGCCCGGCACAAAGGAUGCGCUCGGUACAGCCGCUGACGAUCCGGAGGGUCCAGUCAUUCAGAGCAUUCGAUUAUUGCGACAGCGAUUCCCCCAGCUCUACAUCGUAGCGGAUGUCUGUCUUUGUGAAUACACCUCCCACGGCCACUGUGGCAUUCUUCGAGACGAUGGCACUCUGAACAAUCAAUUAUCCGUGGACCGUAUCUCAGACGUUGCCAUGGCUUAUGCGCAAGCCGGUGCUCACUGUGUAGCACCAUCGGACAUGAACGAUGGCCGUAUCCGUGCCAUCAAGCUCAAGCUGAUUGAGGGCGGUAUCGCACACAAGACCUUGCUCAUGUCAUACGCUGCCAAGUUUUCUGGCUGCUUGUAUGGUCCCUUCCGAGAUGCUGCCGGAUCAGCACCGUCGUUUGGAGAUCGCAAGUGCUACCAGCUUCCUCCUGGUGGUCGCGGUCUCGCUCGCCGAGCUAUCAUUCGUGAUAUUCACGAAGGCGCCGAUGUUAUCAUGGUGAAACCCGCGAGCCAGUACUUGGACAUUAUCAGUGACGCCAAGGAGCUUGGCAAGGACUUGCCAAUUGCAGCGUAUCAGGUCAGCGGCGAGUUCGCCAUGCUUCAUGCAGCGGCCAAGGCUGGUGUAUUCGACCUCAAGGCCAUAGCAUUCGAGUCUACAGAGGGUAUUCUGAGAGCGGGAGCUACGAUUGUCAUCAGUUAUUUCACUCCGGAAUUCCUGGACUGGCUGUCCUGCUGA